GCAGAAGCUUUGUUCAUGCCCCCCUCCUUUUUUUUGCAUUUUAAAAAUUGUUAUGAAAAAAUACAUAGCAUAAAGCAUAAGCCUCUGAAAAGAAGAGUAUGGCAGCUGAAAGCUGGGGAAGCAAAGCCGAGAUGUUCCUGAUUGAGGGGCUUGUGCCAAAGCUGGACUGUGAGGAGGUGAAAGGGAAGAUGCUCGAGGAUGUCAUCUCCUCCAUAUGGAACUUCCUCAGCUAUGUGACCCUGCUGCAAGUCACAUCUUUUAGCCUAAAGAAAUUGGAAAGCAUGUGAAGAUGAGCAUCACAUGUGAAUGCAUGAUAUGAGGAGCCCAGUUACAAUUUCUACUCCUAUCUGCAAAUGAAUAGGCCCAGAAAGAUGUGAGGGACUCUUUGAUUGAAUGGAUAUAAAAAUUCUACUUGUUUAGAACAAGUUUGGCUCUGGUAACUGACCUUCAUAGCUAUAAUUUAAAACUAUUUGAGAAGUAAAGACAUUUUGUAGUGAUAGUACACCCAUAUACCUGUGACAUUCAGCCUGUGUGAAUGUUGAAAUAAUAGUAAGUAAUGUCAAACUCCAUUUUCUAGCAAGUAUUAAUUAUAAGGGAAUUAUGUCUCCAAAAAAAAAUGUGUGUGUGUG